UACACAUGUACUGUGCGCACGCGCAUCCACUUUUAUUUCGUGGCCUAGAGGACACGCGAUUACGGUCAGCCAAAGGGAUUUCAUGGCAUUGGGCGGAUUCCCAGGAGUGAUUGGCGUCAUUGAUGGAUGUAAUAUCCAGAUUAGUGCGCCACAUGAAAAUCCGGACAGUUAUAUGAACAGAAAAGGAUAUCACUCCAUAAACGUGCAAGGAAUAUGCGACUCCAGUAGGCGUUUCAUUGACGUUUAUGCGGCUUGCCCUGGAAGUGUCAAUGAUGCGCGAGUAUGGUCCCUGAGUACGAUUAAUCAGGAAAUUCAAAGAGAUUAUGACCGGUAUUUUCCUGAUCAAACCCACAUUAUCGGAGACAAAAUAUACCCAGUACGAUUCUAUUUAAUGCCACCGUACAAGGGCAUAAGAAAUUUGGGACCGAUGGAGCAAGAAUUCAACCGAGUUCACAUAUUGACGCGUCAAAUAAUUGAAAGAGCAUUUGCCCUAUUGUUGCAGCGGUUUCGACGCUUGAAAAACUUGUAUGUACAAGACGUUGCAAACGCUGCUUUAAUCAUUCUCGCAUCUUGCUGCCUCCACAACAUCUGUAUUUCAUUAAAUGAUGUACUGGCGGAGGAAGAAAUUUUGUUGGGAAAUGUUGGCGGUCAUGAUGAUGAAGACGAUGAAGAUCUUGAGGAGGAAGAUGAAAUUAUUCAAUUUCCAGCAGUUAUGAAGCGGAAUGUUAUUGCUCAACAGCUUUAUGAAAAUCGAAGACGGCAAUAAUCAACUCUUCUCUUGAAUGGAGUGAAAAAAAUCAUUAAACUCGUGUUUCUCGUAUCAUGUUUUUCGUGUCUAACAGUUUCGUCAAUCAAA